CAUAAAGAAACUAAAUUAAUUUGAAUUAUAUAUAAAAAUUUCUAACCAUGCAAAAGAGUUCUUCAGCUUCCUCACUCGGACCAGAUGGCCUCAACAUAUCUCAGCUCUUCUUCAAAACCAUUCACAAGACUGCUCCACCAUCCUCCACCAAACGCAACAUCAAAAUCUCCAUUAUCGGGGCCGGCAAUGUCGGGAUGGCCAUAGCCCAAACCAUCCUCACCCAAGACCUUGCUGACGAGCUGGUUCUCGUUGAUUCCAACUCCGACAAGCUCUGCGGUGAGAUGCUUGACCUUCAGCAUGCUGCUGCCUUUCUCCCUCGCACCAAAAUCCUUGCAUCCACUGAUUACAAUGUCACUUCUGAAUCCGAUCUCUGUAUCGUCACUGCCGGAGCUCGACUUAUGGUGGGUGAGUCUAGGCUGAACUUGCUUCAGAGGAAUGUGGCUCUGUUUAAGAUGAUCAUACCUCCGCUUGCUGAAUAUUCACCUGAUUCUAUUUUGAUGAUAGUUUCUAACCCGGUUGAUGUUUUAACUUAUAUCGCAUGGAAGCUUAGUGGAUUCCCAUUGAAUCGAGUACUCGGUUCAGGCACCAACUUGGAUAGUUCAAGGUUUCGAUUCUUGAUCGCUGAUCAUCUUGACGUUAAUGCACAAGACGUGCAGGCAUACAUUGUGGGGGAGCACGGUGAUAGCUCAGUGGCAUUAUGGUCAAGCAUGAGCGUUGGUGGAGUGCCAAUACUGAGCUUCUUAAAACACCAUCAAAUCGAAUACGAGAAACAAAUGCUUGACAAUAUUCAUAAAGCUGUUGCAAACAGUGCAUACGAAGUUAUUACUCUGAAGGGAUACACGUGUUGGGCAAUUGGGUACUCUGUAGCUAACUUGGCUCGCUCCAUACUCAGAGACCAAAGAAAAAUUCACCCUGUUUCAGUCAUUGCCAAGGGAUUUUAUGGCAUCGACGGAGGAGAUGUGUUCUUGAGCUUGCCGGCGCAACUCGGUAGAGGUGGAGUCUUGGGUGUGGCUAACGUGCAUUUGACGGAGGAAGAGGAACAACGACUCAGGGACUCGGCUAAAACCAUUCUAGAAGUGCAAACUCAGUUGGAAAUAUGAAUAUAUCUAUAGUUAAUCUUUAA